CAGCUGACUCAAGAACUCGGAAAUCCUCUCCGACUUAUCAGGUCGCUGUUCCAAGCCAUUAGUCAAAUGUCGGCUGUCAAGAAACCGUCGCUAGCUCUGACACGUUCCGAGCUCAAAAACAUUCAGAUGUACUUUUUAACAUGUGCUGUCCGUUGGUAAUAGUAAAAAAUAGAUAUGAAAUCCUAUGCAGCAGUCUUGACGUAAUUAUAAGUUUAUGAGAGAUCUGGAACUCUGCAUUAGUUUGUUUCUAGUUUCUUUUGUUUCGUUUCGUUUCUUUUGCAUUUUAAAUUGCACAGAACCGUACCAAGGUCUGUAUUUGGAAUGCCAUCAAAAAACCUGUAUUCACAGAGGGACCCAGCUUUAAAGAAGAGGGACGACUUUGAGGAUAUCCUGGACGAGAGGAGGAACUCCAGUGACUUAAGACAUGCACUGAGAUGUUACACGCCAGUCCUCUAUAAGGGCAUGACUCCCUGCAAAGCGAGCACCCUCAAGACCAUCGUCCUUCAGUCUGAACAAGUCCGCUAUGUUAUUAAUCAGGUGUCGAAGGAGAUGGGGGAGACUCCGGACAUCGUUCAGGAAGAGGCGGUGGCCAUCCUGGAGGAGAUGGCUCAGCGGCUGCAGCUCAGCACGAUCCGCUUCUUUGUGUUCACGCUCAGCAAAGCCUUCAAGGCCCUCUUCCAGAGUGUCCACGUCAACGAGGAGGGCAUCCAGAGACUGCAGGAGGCUAUUCAGGAACACCCGGUGGUGCUUCUGCCCAAUCACCGCAGUUACAUCGACUUCCUCAUACUGUCCUACAUCAUGUACAACUAUGACCUGGCCCUGCCAGUCAUCGCUGCUGGAAUGCCCCUCCUUGGCAUGAAGUUUGUCGGUGAGAUGUUGCGGAUGUCUGGCGCUUUCUUCCUCCGACAGCCUUUUGGAGGGUCGUUGUAUUGGGCCGUUUUCUCAGAAUAUGUCAAGACAAUGCUCAGGAAUGGAUAUGCCCCAAUUGAGUUUUUCAUAGAAGGGAAAAGAAGUCGGACAGGCAAGUCGCUGACCCCUAAAUUGGGCCUGUUGAAUAUCGUGAUGGACCCCUUCUUUAAGGGGGAAGUGUUUGACGUCAGCUUGGUACCGAUUAGCAUCAGCUAUGAGAGGGUUCUGGAGGAGACCCUGUGUGCCCGUGAGCUGCUGGGGGUCCCCAAACCCAAAGAGUCUACCUUGGGACUGCUGAAAGCUCGGCAGAUCCUCAGCGAAGAUUACGGCAGGAUACACGUUUACUUCGGCCAGCCCGUGUCUGUCCGCAGCCUGGCCCAGGGCAGGAUCAACCGGUCCGAGUACAACCUGAUUCCCAGGUAUAUUCCCAGGAAGUCGAGCGAGGAGACGCAGAGCUUCGUGAACGACACGGCCUACAUGCUGGUGCGCAGGCAGGAGGAGAACAUGGUGCUGCGGCCCUGGGUCCUGAUCGCCGCCGUGCUCAUGCAGAACCUGGAUGGGCUGGACCUGGAGCUGCUCACGAAGCAGAUGGUCUGGCUCCGAGGCCUGGCAGGGGCGUUCGGAGCCUUCCUUGACUGGCCUGACCAAAAGCCUGUCGAUAAGGUGGUGGCCUCCAGCCUGGCGCUCCACCACGGCCUGGUCCAGGCAACGGGGGGGCGGGUUCGGCUGCUGGAGGGGCCGCAGGACCCGGCAAGCCCAGAGGAGGCGCUUUUUGACCGGGCCGUCGGCGUGCUCUCCUGCGCCUCCUACAGGAACCAGGUCCUGCACGUCUUCCUCAGACCCGCCUUGGUGGCGGUCGCCCUGGAGACUGCUAAUACCUCCAGGAACGAUGAUGUCUAUAGCUCCUUCCUGUACCUCCGGAAUGUUUUUUCAAACGAGUUCAUCCUCUGUCCAGGAGCCGCUGUACAGGACUUUGAGGAGGGCUGCUACCUGCUGCUGAAGUGUGGUGCCAUCCAGAUGCUGCAGCAGGACCUGGUGGUGACGGAAAGAGGCCAGCUCAUCGUGUCCUUCCUCAGCGGCAUGCUGGAGCCCUUCCUCCAGGGGUACCAGGUGGUGUGUCGCUACUUCAGCGAGGAGGCCAGCGAGGGCCUGACGGAGAAACAGUACAUCCCCGCUGUCCGCAGCUUCGCCAUCAAGCACAUCCUGUCAGAGGGCCUAAAGUGCUACGAAGCUCUUUCUUCUGACCUGCAGAAGAACGCUCUCGCCGCCUUGCUGAGGAUGAGCGCUCUAAGAAAGGUUAAAGCGGCCGAUCAAGUUACUCUCAAAGUGAACACAAUGGCCGUGAAGGCAAUAGAAGACACACUCGGGGGUAAGGUUCCUGCCCAGAAACCUGUCCUUGCCCGGCUGUAGUUGUGUCUGUGCUGGAGUCGACGUGAGCCCUGGAGAAUAAACUAUGCCUUCAUUAUCACAAUGCCAAACAUUGCAAGACUACACAAGGUUACCACAGAGGCUGUUUAUCAUCUUAAUUUCUUUUUAAGAGACUCCUCACUGCCAUCUGGGACGACCCUUCAUGUACAAAAUCUGUUCCAGUUUUUCAUAAGACUAAUACCACUUAAACACAGUUUUAGAGGCCUGCGGUUGACCGUGCAGAUUGCAUGUCUCUCUCAGAUGUAGCGUAACCCUGAUUUUGCCAAGCUUGUUUUAAUAGCAAAGACAUUUAGCAUUUUUGCCUCUGUACGUCCUGAUCUGACUCAAAACUGAAGUUCACUUUUUGAAUGUUUUGUAAUUGACCAAACAAAAGUAAUGAGGCACAUGCCAUAUUGUUUUAUUACAAUGUGAGAAUGAAGGAAGUUGAUAUGAAAUAGUAUAUAUAUAUAUAUAUAUAUAUAUAUAUAUAUAUAUAUAUAUAUAUAUAUAUAUAUAUAUAUAUAUUCUUUGUUCUUGCAUUGUAUUAUUGUAUUUAUUUUAGAUGUUUUUUAAUUGUAUUGUAUUGUAUUGUAUUUAGUGUAUUGCUGUGUUGGAAUUGAUUCAUCACUAAAGUGCAAUUUUAAAAAACAAAGGAUGGAUAUGGAGGCAUUUGAUUCCUCUGAGGCUAGUAGUAAUUCACAUUUUAAGAAGGCAGGCUAGGUUAAGUACACUGCCCUAAUGUCCAGUUUACCCAGUUUAUUUUCAUGAUGUGUGGUGCAGAGUAACACAGUAUUGGAUGUGGUGGUUUUGGUGAUUGUUGGGAGAGGGCUGUUAACUGUCUGACUUAUUUUCUUUGUCACCUGAGGCUUUGCCAAUGUAAUUAUCCAUGUUUGUUGAACUGUAUAACGGUUCUGUGUUGUGUGUAAUUUGCCUGUGGGGUGCUUUGGGAUGCUUUGGGAUAUUAUUGUAACAUUGGCGACCUCCUGAGUUGCAAGGUUGACCAUCCUCUCUGUUAAAAACAUAUUUACAAUAAAAAUGUACAAUGAUGAAAAUUUUCAAUAAAAGCAAAUCACUGGUCCUUA